CCAAGUCAAAGCGAGAACACUGAUUUAUAAGACAUUUUAAAUGAAGCGAGAAGCUAAUGCGGUCACAUUGCUUCUUUUUUUUAAAUCCCUUUUUGUUGAGUGUUUUUUUUUGUCUAAUUGUUGAGUGUGCACAUAUUGCAUGCAGUUCGGGACUGGCGAGGCAGGUAGUCCCCGCCUCGCCUCUCCUUCUGUGCACCUCCUCCUCCUUCAAGUGUUUCCCCGUGUGUGGAGUGGAGGCGAAACACUGCCGCAGUUUGGAUUAAGACACGCAAAGAGAGAAUAGACACGGGGCCGGCUCGUCGUGGAGACUUUCCGCGUGAACGGACGCUCACCGCGGUUGUGUUUAUGCACAAAGUUUGGAUACAUAGUUUGGACCCGAACAUAUAUCCCGCUUGGAUUUGAUUUGAUUUUUUUUAAAGAACCGCGUCGUAAAGGAGUUCCAAGCCCUGGAAUGACCAUGUUGUUUAAUCUCGUGCUCCUCUUCCUCUCCUCAAGUCUGGUUUUAUCCAUCGAGUGCCCAGAAGAUUGUACUUGUAACAGUCCAGGUUCAAUAUUCUGCAUCGUUCGACGGUCCAACACUGUGCCCCGGGUUCCAUCCAGCACCAUCAAUCUUUACAUCUUCCAAAACGGCAUCAAUGCUCUGACCCAAAAUGACUUUGUGGGUCUAGGAGACUUGGAUUUGCUAGAUCUGAGCCAGAAUGAGCUGAGAGAGGUUCCAGAUGGUGUAUUCAAGAUGCUGUCGAAGCUGAAGAACUUGGACUUGUCCUCCAACGUCAUCACUCACAUUUCCAAAGAGAGCUUUUCUGGCUUGGUCCAGCUGGAGAGACUGUAUCUCCACCAAAAUCACAUCCAGAGCAUCCAACGAGAAGCUUUUGAAGGUUUAGAAAUGCUACUGGAACUCAAGCUCCAAGGGAACAAACUCACAUCUUUGCCCUCUCUUAAUUUACCCAGGCUUCUGCUUCUAGACCUGAGUUACAACAACAUCCCCACCUUGCAUGUCUCAGACCUUCAGACACCCCACUUAGAAACCCUGAAAAUGGCGUCUGUCGGGCUUGUUUCUCUAGAUGAAGAUCUUGUCGCUUUUCUAGGGAACCUCCACGAGCUAGACAUCUCCGUGAACCAACUCACGGCGGUUCCCCAAGCCCUAAAGAAGGACUCCCUAAAGGGCUUGAUCAAGCUCAAUCUGGCUGCCAACCCACUGGGUGAGCUCAGGACAGAAGACUUUCAGAAACUCACCGGGCUCCAAGAAUUAGAUCUCAGUAGUCUCAAUCUUCAGGGCUUUCCCCAAGACUUUUUCCAGUCUUUCCCCAAACUUGUACAUCUGGCAGCAGCUGAAAACCCAUUCAAUUGUUUGUGCCCCCUCGCUUCGUUUGUGGUUUGGCUGAAAGAGAAGAAUAUAAAUCUGGGGAGGCUGAGGGAGACCAGGUGCCACUUCCCUCUAGCUAAUGCCGGGAAGAUGCUUUCAGCACUGGACCAUACAGAUUUUGGAUGUCCACCGACCACAACUUUACUGAUGAAAUCACCCAUGGGGAGUACUCCAGCGCCACAGGAUGCUACGACAUUCCAAGAAACAACCCAUACCAAUGCAAUUCCUCCUCCUCCACCACCACCACCAAGUGAACAAAGCCCGGACUCAAAAACAGACCCGCUUCCAUCAGAGGUUACCGCCUCUCCAAGCUUCACCAGUGGGAAAUAUGACCAGCACAUCUGUCCACCAAAUAUUUGUCUCAACGGUGGCAUUUGUAACUUUGACCCAAUAGGGCAACUGGGCUGUCUGUGUCCUUCAGGAACAUCUGGACUCUACUGUGAAAAUGUUGACAAUGCUACGGAACCACCAAAACCUCCGGGAACAGAAGUGUCUGUUGAGGAUUCCACGGUUCUUGCAGAACUUGAUGCCAUCAGCUCCCGCCAGGUGACCUCCACCUCUAUUCUUCUCGAUCUACACCUCUUCAUUAAGACACGGCCAAAUAUCCGUGGCAUCAGGCUGACCUACCGCAAUCUCUCUGGCCCCGACCGCCGCCCCAUUAUUUUGAGCGUGCCGGCAUCCUACCCGGAGUACACCCUGCGUGGACUCAGACCCAACUGUACCUACUCUGUCUGCGCGAGCCCCCUCGGGGAGAGAAUGACCACAAGGGCAAACAGCUCAGUGGAGACGGGGUCAUGUACAGAAGCUCGGACGGCAGGGGUUCCACUGACAUCCUUAGAACCCCGAGUGGAGACGCAAAGCUCACUCAUGAAUACUCUCAUUCCUGCAAUAGCCGCUCUAGCACUGGUGCUGGGGUUGGCAUUGGUGGUCGGUCUGAUCAUCUGUCUCCGGAAAAAGAGGCAGCGUAAAGCGGGAAUGGAGCUCGAGCUGGGUCCUGCAGAUCCUGACGAUUCAUUGGAAGUGGACGGCAUCAAGGCAUGUCCGGAAGAUGGGGGAAACGGCCCACUGCCCCACAAGCAGACAGAAACUGACCGUUGUCACACUCGACAACCAGCCACAUCGUUGCAACAAAACGGCAAUUUGGACUAUCAGGUCCCCCUGAUGCAAGGACACUCCCCCUCAAAUAACAGUCGAUCAUCCCUAAAGCCAUCGUAUUUCUAAGAUGCAAUAAUAUAUGAACACUUUGGAAGCCCGGCCCAUCACCUGCGUAGUGGUUUCAGCAUUCUAAGGUUUUGUCCCAGUUUCAAUGCGGCACUUUUCCUUUGUUUUGUAAGACGAUACCACUACUGACUGAAAUGACGAUUCAGACAAUAAGGAGUCGCACUCGAGUCGCACUCACAUUUGCAGCAUGUUGGAAAUGAGCCGAGUCACGGCGGGACAACAAGCAGGCUGCAGUUUUCAAAUGGGUUUGAUGGUG